CAACAAUCACAGGUGUGUGACCCAGAUUAAAUUCUAUGUAAAGCUUCAACCGCCAUAGAAAGACGGAAGUGGAUAAACUACUCAGGAAGUGAUGACAGAAUGAUAAAGGCACUUCUAGCAUUAGCCUUGGUGCUGUCUGUGGAGGCUCAGCAGCUGUUUAAUUGCCCAGACCAGUGGUACUCCAAUGAGAACAAGUGUUACAGAUUUGUAGCCUACCCCAGAUCCAACUAUGAGGGGGCUUCUGCCACAUGCAGGGAGGAUGGCGCCAUGCUCCUUAGCGUCAAUACCAUCGCGGAACACAGUUUCAUAGUUAACUGGUUGGAAACCAACGACCAACGAAGAGACGAGUGGUUUACCAGCGGCUCAGUCACCGUGGGGGCUACCGGGGGAGUCCGAUGGAACGGAGACGGAACCUUCUCUCGGGGGUUCAGCUUCUGGCUCAACGAGACCUCGAACCAGGAAGAUGGUGCACGGGUCGUGUAUGCCUUCUCAGGUAACAACUAUGGCUGGGGAGUCACACGCACCACGGGAACAUUGUCUUUCAUCUGUGAGAUCGAUCAGACCGAGGCUUAUAGGAUCGUCCAGGAAAAUCGAGACUUCGACUAUGGAUUCUCUACAGAGAACCCGAAUGACAUUCCUCGGGGACCUAAGUUCCUUGUCGAGCCGUCCGACACAACAAUCCUGGGUUCAACAACAGCCGUUUUCAUGGAGUGUGUCGCCCACGCUGUCCCCAACCCCAAGUACCAGUGGUAUAGGAUUGUGGGUAAUCAAACCUUCCCACUGGAUGCCACCACUGACAACCGCUACACUCUGACCAAUGGCCGACUGACAAUCAACAACCCAACCUCCCGUGAUGAGAGCUACUAUCAGUGCAAGGCGGAGAACUACCUUGGAACAGUGCUCAGCAGGACGGGCCAGCUCUCCUUUGGAGAUCUUGGGGAAUUCUCCAAUGUUGGUGUAGCGCCGACAGUGACCAAUGAAUACGAGGGUGCUCAGCUGAACUGUCCUCCCAUCACAGUAAAACCAGCGGCCAAGUAUCAGUGGUAUAAAAAUAAUGUGGCUAACUUCAUCCGUCCAAGUCUACAGUCCUACAUCUUCAUCUCGAACAACGGCAAGCUAUACUUCUCUGAGGUGACACGUACUGAUGAGGGGAGAUAUCAUUGUAUCGUUUCACUCACAAGUAUUGGAGGGACCAGUAAUUACGUUGGUUCUUCUCAGAAUCCAAGUAAAUCCAGUCUGGGCUUCAAUCUCGAUGUGGUCUCUCAAGCUGGAGGAAACUAUCGCCCCAUCAUCCAGGAUGACUUCAUCUCGGUCUUCCCCUCGCAGCCCAAGAAGGGACAGGACAUACAACUGGAGUGCUUUGCUUACGGAACAGGCCCCUUGGUGUACCAGUGGAGCCGUUUGUUGGGGAAGGAUAUGCCGUCACGGGCAAGGUACUCAGACCACAACCGGGUCCUCACCAUCAUGAACGUUGCCCCCGAGGACCAGGGGGUCUACAAGUGCCGGGUGUACAGUUCCACCACGAAGGAAGCCGACGAGAAGGGAUACUCACUCAGAAUUGAAUCCGAGCCGUACUUCACGUACCCUCUGAAGGACCAACACACCGAUGUGGGGGGACAGUUGACGUGGCACUGCGAGGCUGGAGGCACUCCCCCACCCACCUACCUCUGGUACAAGGACGGGGUGCCUCUGAAGAAUAUGACAGGCGUCUUAACCAUCCACCGCAACGCUCUCACCGUCCAGGGCCUCAACAAGGAGCGAGACAGCGGCAUGUAUCAGUGCAGUGCCACAAACCAACACAAUGUCAUGUACAGUACAGCCCAGCUCAGGGUCUUAGAGUUUGCCCCGUCGUUUACGAAGCACCCUCUGCAGAGAGGCAUCGCAGCAUCCAUGGGUGGCAACGUCACCAUCGUGUGUGACCCGGAGGCAGCGCCUGCUCCGGAUUACGAGUGGCUCAAGGACGGACGUAAUCUUGGACUGACCAAGGGAGGCGAUUCUGGCAACUACAAAAUGUUGAUGAAUGGAAACUUGUACAUAACAUCUCUGCGGACAUCUGACAGAGGACGCUACACUUGCAAGGUGACGAACCCCAUUGGAUCUGCUGAAGACUCUGCUGAGCUCACAAUUGUUUCCCAGACUGUGUUGACUCGCCGACCAUCCAGUGAGGACGUGCUGGUCAACUCGACGGCCACACUAAGCUGCGAGGCGUCUGCAAGUCAGAACAUGGACAUGGUGUACUCGUGGAAAUUCAAUAACCACCUCAUUGAUGUCGAAAAGAAUCCUUACUACAGAUUGGGUUCAGGGUUCACAAGGGGCUACCUGUACGUGAUCAGUGCCCAGUUCAUCCAUGCAGGGAAGUACACCUGUAACGCAGCCACAGGACUGGACAUACAGUCAGCUGAAGCUACUCUUAAAGUACUAGGACCCCCGGGCGAGCCUGCCGGAGUCUUCCAGGACUUAAAGGCUACUGACAGUUCUAAUCCUCGCUCAAUUAAGAUUAUGUGGACUGAUGGCGACACUCAUGGAGCUGAUGUCUUGUACUACGAUGUGGAGUUUCACACCAACUUCAACAGGCAGUGGAGGAUCCUGAAAGAACGAAUUCCAAGCACUGAAGCUCUGGACGACCUCCAGCCAAGUAAGAGGCAGACGACCUUGAUGAAUCUGAAAUCAGGAGCUGGAUACCAGUUCCGAGUUCGAGCCAUGAACAGAUAUGGUCUUGGUCUACCAAGUGUGCCAACAACAACAAUACAGAUUCCUUCCGAUAAACCAGCAAAAGCCCCUGAGAAGGUCGGUGGAGGCGGAGGGAAGGUCGGCGACCUCACUAUCACAUGGGAGCCCCUCUCCAGUGAGGAUCACAAUGGUAUGGGACUUGGCUACAAUGUCUUCUGGCGGAAGAAGCCAGUUGGCGGCAGCCAAUCGAAAUGGGAAACGGAGAAAUUAAUGGGCCCCAGCAAAGGAAGCUUUGUCACACUUGUCGGACUUGAAAAUUUCUACUCUGAGUAUGAAGUUCAAGUACAAGCAUUCAAUAACAUUGGCAGUGGAAACAGAUCACACAUCGCCCUCAUCAGAUCAGCUGAAGACUUACCUAUUGGCACCCCCAGCAGCGUGUACGCCGACAGCUACAACAGCACCUCCCUCAUGGUGUUCUGGACCCCCGUCCCCAACAACAAGAAGUACAUGAAGGGAAAGCUGAUUGGAUACAAGGUGAACUACUGGAGGCAACAAGAGGAGACUGAAAUCGAGGCCGUACAGAGCAUCUAUGAGGGGCAGAUAGACCACGCCCUUAUUAUCGGCCUGCAGCCGGACACGUGGUACACCGUCAACGUCCAAGUGUACAACUCCGCUGGGAACGGCCCCAAGAGUGAGGACUACCAUCAGUCCACCGACAGAAUGGCUCCUCAGCUGUACCCGACAGAGGUGCACGUGUUCUCGCACUCCAGCACCCAGGUGUCCGUGUCCUUCCGGGGCGUCAGUACGCAGGUGUACGAGGAACCGCUACAGGGGUAUAAGGUGCAGUACUGGCGGUAUGCUGAGGAUAUUCGCAAGGCCAAGAUGGUGGACACCGAGAAGAACAGCCAGGCGAUACUGGGGAACAUCGAGAAAGGCAUCAUCUACCAGAUGCGUGUGUUCGCCUACAGUCGCGGGGGGCAAGGGAAGAUGAGCUCACCUGCAACUCUAUUCACUCUUGGAGGUGAAGUGCGUAUUGACAGCAGUACCACCAACAUCAUGGCCGGCAGCGCCAGUGUUAUACCCGCCAUGCUGGUCACCGCCAUCAGUCUUCUUGCCGCCCUUCUCUUCACCAUCCGUGCCUAAAUAGUCCACACACAGUGCUAUGUUCAUCCCUGCCAAUCUACAACAGAAGCCACACUAUGAAUUCAUGAAUAUAAUGAAAUGUUAGUUAUGGAACAUAAUGAAUGGUAACUUCAUAAAUUCAGUGGUAACUUCAUGAAUUCAGUGGUAACUUAAUUAAUUCAGUGGUAACUUCAUGAAUUCAGUGGUAUCUUCAUGAAUUCAAUGGUAACUUCAUGAAUUCAGUGGUAAAUUCAUGAAUACAGUGGUAACUUCAUGAAUUCAAUGGUAAAUUCAUGAACACAUACUGAACAAAAUAAGUUAGAAAUCAUAAAUAUUUUGGGGCAUAAUUUUAUGAAACUGUGUGCUCAGUCUUUAGUGCCAAAAAAUAUUCAUUGUCCCUAACUUCUUUUGUUCAGCAUAUUCGGGUUCAUGGUUUGGAAGUGGAUUAUUAAGGAUAUGUUUAUAUGCAAUAAUGAUCUGAAUUAUCUUUUGAUUGACGUGUGGAGACAUUAUUAAGAUGUCAUUGAUUACCAUAUGUAAAUCUAAACUGACAUUGAUAAUGAUUCUUUAGUCAGAGUGAUUUCAAAAUCCAAACCAACACAUUCCAUUUAUUUACAUACAUAUAUACCAUAAAACAUCCCUUUUAUACCUAACAUUGUACAGUUUUUACAAAUCUUUUAUAGUAGCUAUAAGUUUGCUAGUCCCUUUUAUUCUGCUGGGUAAUAAGUCCAUCUUUUGCCAUAAUGUCUCGCUAUUCUUUGCCAGUGUAUCAAGUAUUAAACUAUUUAUGCUCUGUGAAAAUAAAUAUUUGAUUUUUGACUCUUUUAAAUGUCAAAAUAUUUUAUGUUUGAUUUUUUUUUAUGUUCUAUAACUUUCAUACGUGUUUGUCAACGUAACUAAAUGCUGUUGAAAAGUCUGUGGAGUUUAUUUAGAAAUGUUGAUUGCUUUGUCAUGGUUUUUUUAAGAAUGUUUGUUCUUUUAUAUUUUUCUGUGUGUAAAUUAUUUUAUAUUGAUAACCAUGCUUCUCCAUUCAAACCCCAUCUUCUUCCACACUGGUAAGUUGCAGAGUAAUGGUUAGUUUCAAGGGUAAUAGCAUGGGGAUUAUGACAGUGGUAAUUUUGUCAUUCACAUUCCACGUUUUUUUCAUGCUGGUAACGUUCAGAGUAAUGGUUAGUUUCAAGGGUAAUAGCAUGGAAAUUAGUAUAUUUUUUUUUAAUGAAAAUGAAUUUACACAUUCUAAUCUUUCUGGAUAUUCAGAUUUAGUACUUUCAAGGGUAAUAGCCUCAAAUGAUGUAAAAUCACUGUCAUUCAUAUGGUGAUAGCUAGUUAUAAGGGUAACAUCUCAGAAAUUUACAAACUGUAAAUUUAUUAUGAUUCUUUCAAAUACAUUCAAUACCAUGUAUGUUUGUGAUUCAGAUUAAUGAGUAAUACAAUGCAAUUCAAUUUCGGGUACGGAAGUGAUCUACGAUGGCUAAAUGUUUACAUACAUUUCUAGAUCCAGUUAUUUAGGUUGCAAUCAUCUCCUGGCUUGUGAUGCUUUCUAUUCUCAUAAAGUCUCAUUUAUACGAACUGAAUUCCAUAUGUAUGCCAAUACACUUGUGCUUAUGUCAGGGACUGUGGUAUAGAUAGUCUGCGAGUGGAUAGAUAGUCUGCGAGUGGAUAGAUAGUGAUAUUACUGGAAUGUAGAGUCAAUUUGUAGUCAUCUAUUCAUUUAUUGUCUGUGUAUUUUGUACAAAUUGUAUAUAGUUUGUCAUCGACUUGCUGUUUUUCAUAUAAACAGACAUUGUGAUUUCAUAGAAUUAAAUGCCCUAUAUUUUGUCUAUCAACAUGUGGCAGUUUACAUCCUUUUGUUUGUGUGAAUACUCUCCAUCACAUAGAAAAGUAUUUGGCAAUAAUACUUUUUAAUCUCCACUAAAUGCACAAAAUGUAACUUUUUGGUUUUCAUAUUGUUACAUAUUGUUUAGGAAAACAUCAUUUUCUAAUAGCAUGUAUUGCUUUUACGACCUUGGUACAAUCUUUUUAUCAUCUUUUUCACUGAUCAAAGCUAUCAAAGAAUCUCACCUCUAGUGUUAAUUCAAACAUAAUACUCUAACUCAUGCAAUGUAGGACCUACAGAUCACAACCUGAAGGUGACAGGUUGAUGAACUUCAGUAACAACAGAUACUCAUUUGUUAUGCAAUGUAAAAGAGAUUUUGAAUUUUGCAAUGCAGAAGUUCCGGUUGUUUUGUGAUGAAGAAAGAUUUGAACAUGGAGCCUAAAAGGAUGUUUUGUAAUUAUGUAAUGGCUCUCAUUUGCAUAAUUUAUAAACAUUGCAUUCUCAUCAAGUUUGAGAGCAAAUUACAAUCAGAGCCAUCUUGUUCUUGGUUUACCCCACUCUAUAGCAAUACCUGAUCCUACAGAAUCUCAAUUCACUGGAGAUAAAAAUUGAGUGGGUUUUAAGAUAGGAUUUUGCAAUAUACAGCUGAGUUUUUUCAUUGAACUCAUGUUAUACAUGUUGAAACUGAAUUGUUUAUUUUGACUUCAUUUUUAUUUGCUUUUGGAGUUGUUUCUUGAAGGAAACAAGAUGAGAUCUUAUUUCUGUGUAACUGUUAGUCAUGGUGUAUAUUGUAUAAUCGCUUGAUCCUACUUGUUGUGAGAGUUGUUCCCCUUGUUUGUCUGGAAAGGACUUACUACACUUUGAUUCUGACGGCAAUACUCCUGUAAAAUCAGUUUGUCUGUUUUGAGAUGAUGUUGAAGAUUUGAUAACUGCACUGAUUGUUUUCAAUCAUUGUUUUACAUAAGAUAUAUAUCAUUUUGUAACAAUAAAACAGUUUAGUAUAAUGA